AAAAAAAAUUUUUUUUAUUCUCUUUUUGUUUAUAUAAAUUAUAAUUCAAAAUCCUUGUGCAAUUUUUUUUUUUUUCCUUUUACUUAGGGUUAGAGGAGGUGACAAGCUUAUGUAUACGGGCAAACAUACUAAAAGAUUUAUUCUUUAAUAAUGAACAUAUACCCGUGGGAAGGUCUGAGGAAAGCCGUUAAACAUCUUUGCUGGAUAACCUGUGAAAAUGGGGGCAGUGCUACCAGAAAUUCUAUCCUCUUGAACCUUUAUAACCUUUGAAGGAUGUUAAGUUCUGAUGGGUUGGUUUAGGAUGGUUUACUGUAAUGGCCUGUGGGCGGUAAUGCUAUGAAGUGCAAUACAUGAGACCAGUUUAUCUGGUAACUCAAUUCAGACUACUCUGUCUCCUCUUCUUUCCUUCUCUCUCUUUUUAUAUUUAUAUAUUAACGAAAAUGAAAAAAAAAACUAUUUAUUAUACUAUAUAUUUCUUUGGAAAUGUAUACUUUUAUGUUUUAUUCUAAUGGUAGCAAUUAUGAUUACGAUCAAGUAAACAGACCGAAUCACACCUUUAAUGAGUAAUGCUUUCUGGGGGUUUUUUUUCCUUAUUCAAAUAAAUAUUUAUUUUGUAAUAGAAUGGUGUCAGUAAAUAUAUACGUAUGUCUGUUGCAAUUUGAUCCUUAUAAAAGAAACCGUUAAUAAGAUAAUUAUCUAAAGAAAGUGAUUCCUUAAAAUAGAUAGAUAUUAACCAAUAAGAUAAAUAGAAUUGGGAUGUUCCUUUAUUUCUU